AUGACAGCCGCGAGGGGAACAGAGAUGCCGCGGUCGUCCUUGUCUCCUCUGUCGCCUCCUGGAGAUGUCCAGAGGGAGGGUCGAAUUUUGAAAGAGGAAGGAACACAUGGUAGACAGGUUCAGGGAACACAGUCUUUCUCCAGUCCAUCCUCGUCUGGUUCGUCUCCUUCUUGCUCGCUUUCCUCGCUGUCUGCGACUCCAGGCUCUGUGCGUAGAGAAGAUGAAGGAGAGACUCCUGCCCCGGUCUCGCCUUUCUGCCCUGCUUCAGGGAUGCGACGAAGGGAAGACGAUGAGAGGAGAAAAGAGACAAUGAAAGGAGAGACGGGGCACAAAGGAAGGACGGAUUGUUCCUCGUUCUCAACAGAAACCGGCGAACAGCGGAGGCAAACCGCUGCUCCUGUUUCUUCUUUCUCUUUUCCUUCGUCUCCUUUUUCUCCCCCUGAAAACAGAAGACGAGAAGAGAGAGGAGAAACGGACCGCUGUUUUGCCUCCUCCAAAGCGCAUCUCACUCCUCCUUGCGUCGCAGCUGAGUCCGACCCUUUCUCUCCACCGGGCGCUGCUCUGGGGGACUUCUCUGUUCCCGUGAAGCCAAAGAAGAGCCUGUCGUCGUCCGACCAUUCUUCCUCAGAGGUGCCGUCCUCCUGUCCGAGUCUCAGAGCUUCGCCUCAGUGUUCUCCUGACUCCUCUUGUCCUUCUUCUGUCUCCUCGCCAUAUUACCUCAAAGCGCCGGUUCAUGUCCGGUCUAACGUACGUGUCUCUCCUCCACACGGCCCGUCACCCAUGCCCUCCUCUUCGUCCUCACUAUCUCCCGAGUUCUCUGUCAAUACGUCUGUCGUCAUUGUGCCACGAGGAGACCGCCCUCUUCCUUCUUCAUCAACGCCUCCUCUUCCAUUCCAACCAUGUCAGCACGCAAAGACAGAGUGUGGAAACGCUUCAUUCGCUCCUCAUACCCACAUCCUCUCUUUCCCUACUUCCUCUUCUUUCCCUACUUCCUCUUCUUUCCCUACUUCCUCUUCUUUCCCUACUUCCUCUUCUUUGCCUCUUUCCUCUUCUUUGCCUCCUUCCUCUUCUUUGCCUCCUUCCUCUUCUUCAUCGUCUUCCUCUUCUUUAUCGUCUUCCUCUUCGUUAUCUUCUUCCACGAGUAUCUCUUCCCCGUCCUGUGCUUCCCUGUCUGUACAGCGGACCCCACUGGGUAGUGGCGCCUCUGUCUCGACGUGUCUUUUGCCUCCCUUCUCGAUUUCAGCCGCCUCCUCUCUCAGCUGUUCGGCUCUGCAGAGGGGAGAACGAGGACGCUGCCACCGUCGAAGGAAGUCGGGCGUCACGAAGUCCUUCGCCUCUCUCUUGACGGGUGAGGAGACGCCGGAAAAACGGAUAGACAGGCUGCACGAGCAGGCGUGCCUGCCGCGCGGCUCGGAGUCAAAGUGUGGCGAAGAAAAACAGGCGUCUCAAGAGACGGCGACGAAAGACAGAGGCGCAGCACUGGGUGCCAUCUUUCCAAAAGAGAAUGGAAAGCCGAGAGAGGGCAAGGGGAAAAGCGGCCAGGUCGAGGAACCGGAAGUCUUCUACUUGGAAGCUGAACUCGUCCACGAUACAAACAAAGGACUCGGCGAGAGUGCAGCGAAACAAGAGUGCAUCCUCGACGUCUCGCCGCCGCGGUCGGGAGGUUUUUUGGGAGUGCAGACAGGGGGGGCACCGAGUGAGGACCGGCAGGAAGAAAACGGAGAGAAAGGAGGCAAGAAACGCUCGAAAACACAGGAGAAAGACACGCGUGCAUCGGAACUCUACGGCUUCAUCCAUGUGAUUUACAUUCACAAGCUGAAGAGGAGGAAACGAGACAAGACGCACGAGCGCGGUGCGGCCAAGGAGAAGGCAAGCAUUAGACUCGGCAGUGAAAGAGAAGAUGAUGACGCGUUGCAUUCAGCUCCACCUGUCCUCAACGACCAAACGGUCGAGUGUAGCGCCACUGGUGAAUGCGCUCAGAGGCAAAUCCUUCAAAUAGGUGCCACUACCACGGGACCAGGGUCCGCGGCGGCGUUCAUCAACUGCCCUCUGCCGCCCAGAGCGGAGAGUCUCUUUUGCGUCGCUUCCUCGCGUUCUUCGCCUCACGUUCCAUUUGACGGGGAAUCGACAGCAGUGCGCUUCGCCCGUUUCCUCGUCGUACCAGGCCGGUUCUGCAAAGAUGCCGUUUCGACUGGCAGGGUGCAAGAGGCGCAGCGAAAGAGCCUCACCGUCCUCCCCUCUGAUGUCUCCCUUUCUUUCCAGAUUCUUGACGAGGCGACGCACAUGCCUCUGCUUCGUGGCUGCCUUUCCCUCUCGGGCACUGACGCCUCAGAGAAGUUUCGGAAGCAUCGAGUUCUUUUGUCGCCGACCCUCUCUGCCGGGUGUCUAGACACUGUGCACGAAGACGCGGAGGCCACUGUCCUGGUUGCGAGCCAAAAACGGUGGAUCAGAAUGCCUUCGUCUGGAAGCUUUCAACUGAAGCAGCAGCCUCUCCACUUUGCGGUCUGCCACGGAGACCUGCAAGUGCGCUUUCUCGUUCAGGCAUUGCCUUUUCUCGCCUCUGCACUUCCUGAAGGCAGAGAGGAAACUGUCGCCAGAGGCAAGCAGUCGAAUGCACCUGUCUCGGUGUCGAAAUGUGAUUAUGCCGCGUCUUCGCCUGCUGCUCCUGCCUCCCAUAUUCGUUCGAACACUCGUACCAGGUCAUCCUCGUCUCGCUGCCGCUCUUUUGCUCCUUCGUCUCCCGAGCCUCGUGCAGACUUCGAGUGCUCAAAGGAACGCAGAGCCUUACGAGAAGGCCUGCAGCGCAUGCAGAGCAAUUCAAACCGCGCAGAGCAGCCCGGAGUUGCUGCCUCUGCUGGACAAAUUGCCGAGUCAUGUCAAGCGAUAAGUCACCGUAUCUUUGCAGCGUCUUCAUCUUCUUCGCCUUGUGGCACCUCGUCCUCUUCGGGAUCUCCCCUCCGAGUGUCUCCUGCCGUUGCUCGCGCACAGACGGAACAAGGAGAAACGCGCCGCUGCGUGCAUGAAAACGAAAAAAAGCUCAAGCCAGCCAGCGUCGAGGCGGGCAACAGAGAACAACAACAAGGAGAGAGGGAAGGAAAGAAAAGGGAGAAAGAAGAGGAGAGAGAAGAGGGCGCGCAGCACGUCGAAAGAGAGAAGAGAGAGAAGGAGAUAGACAACGCGGAAGGAGAGGAGAGAGAGAGAAAAAGUAGAGGAGAACUGGGGACUGAGAGAAACGAAUGCGAUGAAGACAGGAAAGCGCAGCGCUCGCUGGAAACAAACAGAACGCAUCCACGUCUUCGAGAGCGAGUCGCAAAUCGGCAGUCUCAGCUGGUGUGCCUGAAGGCGCAGCUGCAGCUUCUGAAACCGUACGCCUCCGCUGGUGGGUCUGUUCUCUCCCGCCAGAGGCGCGACGACGUUCCAUCGAAAGACCUCGAGAUAGAUCAAGACGCGGAAACACCCCUGGCGAAAGCCACGCAGAGUACGGAGAACGCGGCGAGUCUCGAAAGCGAAGAAGAGAGGAAAAAGUAUGGAUGCUCGCCGGAUCCCUUGUCGCCAAGCUGCGCGUCUUCUUCCCCACCCAAACCGCACGCAGGAAGCGUGAGCCAGGAGGUGGAGAACUCACAGAAAACCGCGCAGGGCGCAGGGAGAAACGGCGCAGUCGACGGAGACAGAAACAGCCAGCAGAGAACCACUGUUUUCACUCCUUUUCCGCGAUCCCCUUCCUUCGUUGUCUCCGAGGGGAACGAGGAGGGAGAGGCGACCGUUGCCUCAUUCGAAAGAAACGACAAGUCAGGCGUAUCUCGAACACAGAGCGGCGAAACGCAACUCAUGCUUCACGGAGUGUGCACCGACGCGAAGGCCCUCGACAUCUCUACGCCUCUCUCUUCAGCUUGCGCCGAAGACCCGCCCCAAACGCAGGAGUGCUGUGAGUCGGAAACCUCCGUAAAAAAACUUCCACGAGACACCGCAGCAUCUCCAAGUCAAGGCGUCAGCAGCCAUCCCUCCGACGCCUGGCAACCGUUCCCGGCGACGAAGAGGGAAGCAUCCUGGAUGAGAACUCGUCCUUCUGUUUCUUCUCUCUCCACGCUGCCGUCCUUCUCUCACUGCAUGCACAGUUCGACAGCUGCUCGCGCCGCGACAGUCCAGACCCGUGGUGCGAAGAAGGAGGACUCCAGUGAAGCUUUCUUCUCCGCCCCAGCCUUGCCUGUUUGCAAAGACGAACGAGGUCGCUUUUCGCCAUCUGGACAGAGAGAACAGCUUCUUCUGACUCCUCACUCCGCCGCACCUUCCCAGUCGUCCUCGCCGCCUCUCGCCGAUGAGGCCCAGCGGGGCGGAGCGCCGAUGAUGUUUCUGGGAGGACCGGCGGCAGGAGGAGACAGUGGGGAAGGAGACAGAGGCGGAAAACAGGGCAGAUCCGCGUGCGGGCAUUCGGCGGUUGGGAGUGGCAAGACCGGCGGCAUCGAAAGGUCGAGCGAGGCCGCGAGAGGAGCGCGGAGGCCCGGAGAGAGGCAAAGCCGAGGAGGGGAUGGAGACAGUUUCCGGCUUGACGGGGGAGGAAGAAAGAGAAGGAAAUGUAGACAGGACCUUGUUGCGUUCGACAGAAACCGGGUCUGGCAACACCCACAGAGCGAAGACCGCGCAAGGUGGGAAGGCGUUCCUAAGACACAAGACAGAAGCGUUGAAACCGCACAACUCAGAGGGUGUCCAGCGCGAAGGAGACAAGAGGCGAACGAAAACGAAGACUCCAGGCAAACAAGCGAGGGGCGCUCACCCUCACACCGAGACACCAGGACAGUGGAGGAGUUCAGAUGUUGUUCGCGUUCUGUCGAGAAAAGAGGGAAAACGGAAGGUGGGUCUCGUUCAUCGGACAGCUCUGCAUCUUUGUCACUCUUCUUUUGCGCGACGUCUCAGGAAGGCCUCCGGAGCCUGAGAGAGAGUUCGCGUCUCUCGCCUCGGAAGGCAGGGGAGCCGACGUCGUGCGCGGCUUGGACGAGCGCAGCUGGAGUGGAGAAAGGACGCGAGGAACGCCAACGUUUCUCCGGGCGUGGACAGGCGUCAACUGCAGAGGCCGAGGACGAAGAUCCUGAAGAAGCCCUGUGCGCGGCAGAGUUCGGAGACAGAGCUGAGAAGGUAGAUGGCGGGCAUGAAGGAGACAACGAGGAAGGAGAACCCAAAGGCAGCCAGGGAAGGCGGAGAACACGGGGAAAAGCCAGUGAGAGAGACCACGCUGGAGAGGAACGGGAAACGAUGUGGAGACAAGGAAAAGGGCAACUGGCGUCACGAGCAGAAGAGCCGCAGGCAGCAGGCGGCGCGGGCGACAAGCGGACAUCCGGUCCGACACCAGAUGGCCAGAAAGAACAGAAAGAGAGAAAACAUUUGGGAGUGACGGACGCAGACGAGACACAGGCGACCGAGAGGCGGGAGGAAAACGAAGAAACUGAAGAGACCCCAUGGGCAACUGGCUUCAAAGCGAGGGCCGAAGACGCAAACAAACGAGACACAGAGGGAUCUGCGAACGACAAGUGGACCGACUGCGUUGUGCCAACGAAAUUCGAUAAAUGUCGCUCGAGUCGGUCUUUCCUUCAAGCUCAGAGAAACAGCCUCGCUUCUCUCAAGCGUCUUCCUCUCCUUCGCCACCUCCUGUUCUGUCUCCAUGGCGGGGACUUGGAUUCACUCUUGCACGAAGAACUUCGCUGUCUCCUUGGCGCCUCCUCUUCUCUCCCUUCUUCGGGUGCCUCGCCCACGCCCUGUCUGCCUGUCGCUGCUUUCUCUGCAUCUUCGUCUCCCUCCUCGUGUGUCGUUUCUUCUGAAGCAAAUCGAGCGAGUGAAGCGCCGCUGCUCUCUUCUUCCUGCCCUGAGAUGGAGACGCGACCCUCUCGCACUCUCGCUCCCGACUGCGGCGGAGGCGAAGAAGGCGAGCAAAACUUGAACGGGGCUUUUCCAUCUUCGCUGCGCAAACGCGAAGCGAAAGCACGAGAAGAAGAUGCCCUCCUCAAGUGCCUGCAGGCGGCGCUGCAGUGGGCAGAGCGACUCUGUCAGGCGAGGUCAGGAGACGCCCGACGAGAAAAGCACCGAGUUGUUGAACAGGGAGAGAAUCGUGGACAAGAGAUCACGUCUUCCUCUACCUGCUCGCGUCCUCUUUACGCGCCUGUCGAGGAUCCACCCGUCACACUGGCUUCUUCCGGUUCAUCUCCGUCUCUUUCUUCUUCAAGCGCUCGGUCUUCUUCCUUUCCGGGAGAGGCUUCUGGCCGUGCUUCUUUUGCUUCCUCCUCUUUUGAUUCGUGUCAGAGAGGUCCCUGUCUCGCGGACACUGGUUCACCGGCGACGAACUCCAUGAAGGCCUCUUGUGUUUCCUCUCCUUCGCAACUGUCGUCCACGGUUCUCAGUGUUUCACCUUCAUUCCCAAUUCGGAUUCCUGUUAACGGGGCAGAGGGAGAGAAAGAAGAAGCGAGCAAGGUCGGUGCUCUCGCACUGUGUAGGGAGCAACGCAUGAUGCAUCGUGUAGCCCGCUUGAAGCAGAAACUGAGCAAACUUGCUUUGGCCUUGAGUCAAGAAACACAGAGUUCCAGUGUCGUUAACUCCCCGCUGACUUCGUCUGUCCAGACAGCGCGCAGGCCUCAGCAGCGUUCUUCUCCCGUCCACCUCUUUCCUCUCGACGCGGCAUUUCCUGCCGCUGCCCCUGUUUUCUUUUCCUCUUCUGCCUGGUCACUGGAGCGACCACAGCCAGCCUCCACAGCGUCAGCAUCUUCCCUUCCUCGGCUAGUCUCUCCUCUUCGCUUUCCUAUGGCGUCUGGUGCACCUUCGUCUUCUCCCCCGCGGUUGUCUUCUUCCGUUCAAGUCUUCCCUUCUGUCUUCCGAGCUUCCUCGCCUCUCCUGCCUCAGACCGCCUUCCUCGCUUCUCCUUUCCCUUUGCUAGAACAGUCUGUCUCCCUUCCUGUCUCUCUCGAGGUCGGCCGACCCCAGGAGGAGGCGAGGGCGGCAGAAGGAGCUGCGACGAGAUCCGAAGGGAGAGUACACGACGCCAGCAAAGGUGAAACGGUCUUGCAGACGGCAGCGCCUCCAGAGGUGAUGGGGAAACUGAGGGAGAGACGCGGCGAUGGAGGGAACGCUCAGGGCUGCAGUGAAAGUCACGGAGGAACCUGGAGGAGAUCAGAAGACGCAGAAGACGAAAAACGCCUUUCCCCCGAGGCAUGGAACGCACGUGCCUAUCUCUUCAAAGACAGAAACACAGAGGAGUGGCACCACCGUGAGGGAAGGCGAAUCGCUAAGCAAACCCCAGGAAUAGAGACAAAAACGUCGUCGAUGCCUGCGCCGUGUCUCGCGCUUCUGGAAAGGCCUCCCGAGCCUAAGCUGCCUCGUAGGGUGUCUCCAGGCGCUUGCGGCGCCUCCAGCGACAUCGGUCGCUUCCAAGAAACUGACAGAGAAACGCGUUCUCUUCCCCUCUGCUCAAACGCCUCGGGAACUGAACACACGAAACUGAAGGGAGAAGGCGAAGAGGAGUCCGUGAAAUCGUCUUCUGAGGGAGAAGAAGAAAAGUCGCACACUGAGGCUCCGCCACAGCUGAAGGCGGCUCGAGAGCAAGGAAUCCAGGGAAGCGAAGGAGAAGAGGAGGUGACAGAUGCUGGGCGAAAGAAUGGCACAGAGAAAGACGAGAAUGGAGACAAAAACACAGAUGUCGAGGACGCGGAUACAGACGAGAAAGAAAGCCGCUUCCGCAACAGCGCGGGGAAGCGGAACAUCUUGCAAGUGACACAGGCGUCGCAGGUACACACAGCGAAGGCCAACGAACAGAAGGCCGAAAAGACGGGAGAGAGCAAGAAGGAGAACGAAGACAAGAACAAGGCGGAGAGCAAAGACGAGAACAGGGAGGAGAACAAAGAUGAGAACAAGGUGGAGAACAGGCCGAGAGCACGAGAGAGAGGACGCGCAUAGAGCAGACGGAAGGAUGAGAGUGAGGAGGCCCAGUUGGCGAUACUCGCGCUUGGAGAGAGAUUGGAGCACAGGAGGAAUGGAGAAACCUAGACGAGAAGUAGAGAAAGAAAGGAGGAAAAAGGAAGGCGCCAAGUUUUGAAGACGAGAGGAAAUGCGGUGCGGCCGAGACCAAGCGCAAGCCGAGACGGAAGCAGAACUAGGAUUACAAAAAGAGCCUUGUUUAGACAUGCCGAGGAACAGGGACUUUUCCUGGAUUUUCGAAAACCUCUUCUGGAAAGAGUCGAAGACACAUGGAAUCUCGCGCCUGCUGGGUCUCCUCCUCGUCGCUGCGGGUCUUCGCUGCUCGAUGCGUCUCGUCUCCCUUCUUCAUCUGUAAAGACUUCUUUUCUUCCCUGGGUGCCGGGUGCUUCCCUGAAAGCAGCGGGGGGGCUCCGCCAGACUUGGCUCUGGCCAAUCUGGCUGUGCUAGAGUUGCCCACAAGUGGAGACGAAGGAGCGCAGGCGUUUUUUCCGUUUGGCUCCGCAGAGAACAGAGACUGGGAACGCGUUCGAGGGUCCGGCGGAGCAAAGAAGGGGAACGUGCAUAAUUCUCAGAACGAAGAACUUCAAGAAAGAGAAGUGCUGAGGUCGCACAACGAUGCAGGCUUCUCAGCUCAGAGCGGGCUUCACCUCGACUCCGGUGGUCCAGCCGUCGUCUCGCCACUCCCUCUCUUGUGAUCCCUGCAAAUGCCCCUUUUCUCAAAGAGAAGUGAAGCAAACCCACGGAGCUUCCAAUAAACAACUCAGGGCCACAAGCCUGUCUUCUCAGAUAUCCACAAAUAUAUAUAUAUAUAUAUAAAGAGAUCCGGUGGAGCGUUUUGUCUGUGUUUAUGGGCGGGAGGCAUUCUUUGCGCUUAAGAUUUUUCUUGUCUCCGUGAAGCUGCGUUUCCAGUGGGGUUGUUGGCUUCUUGUCUCCAGCUCUCCUUUGCCUAUUGUUUUUACUCUCUACAUCUGCGCGUGUAGAUAUAUAGGUACAUGUUGACAGACUGACGCAUCCGUACAAGUGCGGAGGUAUGCGCAAGCGCGAAAAUUGGGAGGGGGGAAUCGACAGCAUCUCUAGAAAGGCCGCCACUUAACUUCACGCUUCUGCAGUUUUGGCGUUUAUUUGCUUGGCUGGAUGUCAAGGCACGAGCUGCUUUGUUUUGCGAACUUGCACGGCUUACAUCAGCAAACGCAGUAUACAAAAAUAGUCAAACCCCUGGAUGUUUACAUGCACGUAUACAUAUAUAUAUAUAUAUAUAUAUAUACAUAUAUAUAUAUACUUAUUUAUAUGUAAGUAUAUAUAUAUAUGUGUGUGUAAUCCAAGUGCAUAAAUAUGCAUAGAUGCCAGCACAUUUAUGUAGCAAUACAUAUACACAGUUACAAACUUACGUGUGCAUAGAGAUUUGUUGUUUUCGCGCUUGUGAAGUUUUUCACCCUGGUCUAUGUGUGCACACUGAUUGUGGAGGGGAGCCCAAGAAAUUCUCCUCGAGCUGCAGAUUCACUUCCAUGCUUCCAUGCGCUUCUUGUCAGGAGCAGCUUGUCAAAAAGUCUCGUCAAUAACUCUGCUUCCUC